UGUACAAUAGAAAAUUUUAACAUAUUUAUUCAAUCACAUUUUGUAUGUAUUAAUAUCUAACAAUUUUGUGGAGUUAAACUUAUACAAAUCAUUAAUACUACAAAAAUUCAUUUUUUAAANUUUUGUAUGUAUUAAUAUCUAACAAUUUUGUGGAGUUAAACUUAUACAAAUCAUUAAUACUACAAAAAUUCAUUUUUUAAACUAGGAAGAUGAUGGACAAUUUGGAACCUCUGACUACAGAUAGUGGUCGUAUGGUAAAAAUGGAGGUAGAUUAUAGUGCCACUUGUGACGAAAAAAUUUCUGUUGCUGAAAGUCUAGCUACGAGUGGUAAACUUCAAGAAGCUCUUGAUGUACUUCUUGCUCUUGAAAAACAAACUAGAACUGGAUCAGAUAUGGUAUCGACUAGUCGUGUACUGGUAGCUGUGGUACAAAUGUGUUUUCAUGGUAAGCAGUGGUCUUUGUUGAAUGAGCACAUAGUUAUGCUCACCAAAAGGCGAUCACAGUUGAAGCUUGCUGUUGCAGCUAUGGUUAGAGAAUGCUGUGCAUUUAUCGACCAAACUCCUAAUAAGGAAAUAAAGUUGAAACUUAUUGAAACUUUAAGAAACGUUACUGAGGGAAAGAUUUAUGUGGAGGUAGAAAGAGCUCGUCUUACACAAAAAUUAGCAAAAAUUAAAGAAGAUGAAGGUGAUAUAACUGGUGCUGCAAACAUAAUACAAGAAUUACAAGUAGAGACUUAUGGAUCUAUGAAAAAACAAGAAAAAGUAGAAAUUAUUCUUGAACAGAUGAGAUUAUGUUUAGCAAAAAAAGAUUAUAUUAGAACACAAAUAAUUGCUAAAAAAAUUAAUACUAAGUUUUUUGAUGAUGAAAAAUCAGAAAUUCAGCAACUUAAAUUAAAAUACUACAAAUUAAUGAUUGAACUUGGAGAGCACGAUGGUCAAUAUUUGGAUAUCUGUCGUCAUUAUAGAGCUAUACAAGCUACGCCUGAAAUAGAAGCUGAUGCUACCAAAAGAAAUGCUGCUCUUCAAAAUUCUAUUUUAUACCUGAUCUUAGCUCCUUAUGAUAAUCAUCAAUCUGAUUUAACACACCGUAUUUUACAAGAUGAAGCUUUAUUGAAAAUCCCUAAGUAUAAAUCUUUUUUGCAAUUGUUUACUACCAUGGAGCUUAUACAAUGGAAAGAGUUGUGCAAAGAAUAUGAAAAUGAGUUAAAAUCUGGAGUAUUAGCAACUGAUGUAUUUUCUAGCAAUACAGAAAAGGGUACUAAACGUUGGACUGAUCUGAAAAACAGAGUUGCUGAACAUAAUGUUCGUGUAAUGGCAAAGUAUUAUUCCAAAAUUAGAAUAGUAAGGAUGGCACAGCUUUUGGAUAUGAAAUUAGAAGAUACCGAACAACUAUUAUCUAAUAUGGUUGUUGAUAAAUCUGUAACAGCUAAAAUUGAUCGACCUUCAGGUGUUGUUGAAUUUUCUGUUGUGAAGUCUGUAAAUGAAGUUUUAAAUGAAUGGUCAUUUGGUCUUAAUGACCUUAUGCGACUUGUCAACAAUACUACUCAUCUUAUCAACAAAGAACAGAUGGUUCAUAAACAUUUACUAUCUCAUUAAUUAUGUACAAUCUUCUGUAUCGUGAAUCAUUUAUUUUGUAUUAAUAAUUUAGUAAAAUUUAAAUUCUUCUCCAUUA